UAUGAAUAAUUGGAUAGUUUUGGUAAAAAUACUUAAAUAAAAUAGCAUUUUAGAUUAAAUUUGAGUAUGAACAUCAAUAUUUAGUAUAAUUAAUAAUGAUUUUGAAUUUUACUGGGGUUAAAAUGGGAGAGUAGGAGAAAGAAGGGAGACUGAUUUCAAUAAGUAAUAACCAAUAGACUAAAUUGGUAUUGAGACUACAUGAGUGUAGUGUGUAGAUGAAUGUUGGAUUAUUUAAUGAUAAAUAAAAUUUUUGUCAGAUUUAAUUGUAUAAAUAUAUCGAUAAGGUUUCUAAUGGAAGAAUGAAGUUAAAUUAGGGGGGUAAAGUAAUAUUGACUUUAUUAAUUAGAAAAUCUUGAUUCUUUCGCACUAUAUAUUCUCGAUUAAAUGAUU